UGCGUAUCACCUAAUGCAAGUUCAACAGUCGAUGACUAAAAAAAUAAUAACGUCAUGGACAGCACAUGUUGGAUAUCCUGUGAUACAAAUAAUACAACACAGAAAAUUACAAAAUUUGGAGAUAAAGGUUACAGACUGUUUUGACGUUGAUCAAACGGAGCCGUGUUCGAACAAGUGGUGGAUACCUAUAAUGUUUUACAAAGUAACAACAACAAAAUUUAUUUCCGCCCAUCAGUAUAAUUUACCACCAUACAAAAACAAUUCUGAUUAUUUGCCGGUGUUUCUGGAACUUAAGAGAGAUGAGUUUAUUCUUGUCGUAAACAGUUAUGUUUAGUUCGUGUGGACAAGUCGUACAAAGCGUGGUAUCCUCUACUUAUUGGUCUUGAAAACAUGUCAAACGAUUUUCUGUAUUCACAAAGUGUUGUCACCAAACGUAUCAAGAAUGGAUUCCUGACAAUAUUGAAUAAGUUUCUUGAUGAUAUAGAUGACUUAUUUGACAUAUAUUCUUCAGAGAAUAGUAUCAGUAAUCACUUAUUUCACGAAGUUUUAAAAUGGACGUGCAUACUUGGUAGUUCAAAGUGCAAUGACCAUAUUAAUGCAACAUUAGAAUUGCAUUUCAAUAAUACUGCACGAUGGAAACUAUUGGAAACUUGGCAAAAAUGGAUAUAUUGCCAAGGUUUAAUGAAUGAAAAUAUUACUUAUGAAACAUCCAUAAUUUGGUUCAACCUAUUAUUCAUGUACAUAAGACAGAAAAGAGACGUAGAAUUAUACGAAUUGUUACCUUGUUCUACAAUUAAUGAAAAUGUUUUACCUUCUCUAUAUGCGCUUUCACAUUCUGUACCACAUGCUUUUGUUUUGCACGAGAAUAUUAAUAUAUCGAAAUCUGGCACUGUUACUUUUCUUUUCACUAUGUUUUCAAAGCAUUCGAAAAAUGUUGACACGCUUUCUUCUAUACUACAAGCAAUAGAAAAAAUAGGAAGAGAAAUCAAUAUUAACAUAGUUGCAGCAGCAAGCUGUAUUAUAAAUUAUAAACAACAUAUAUUCAGACAAAGGCCUGGCGAUGAUUACCGAUGAAAACUUCUUACACCAGUUGCAAAAAAUACAUGACACGCCAUUAUUUGUUGUUGAUGCCAUUAAAAAAAAAGCUGAACAUCGUCGUAGGUUCCUAAUUAAAAUGCAAAAUACGUAAUUUAU